CAACGCCCACCAUGUACUGUUAAAUUACAACAUAAUUACAAUAUUCGGAUGUUCGCACUUCAAAUGAUCACUAUAAAGGUAUAGGCUUGUGUCCAUAGUCGUACAGUUUUCCACUGUUCAGUUGUACACAGAUUUCAAAUAUGUCUGCUAUGCACAGUGUUGUUUGGCUUUUCUACUGCUCGAUGUCUUUCGCAAUUUGUGCCGCUGACGGAAAAACAAACGUACAGAUUCCUUUACUGAAUAAUAAAGCUACAGCUCCUCUGUAUGCUGAAUUUAAUAUGUCGAAUUUGAAUCAACGACUGAGAGAGAUUUUUAACAAGGAAGUCAUAGAGAAUACAGUUAAUGUGAGCUGCGAAGAACCAUACGAGAAGAUAGGGAAAGGUUGUUAUUCUAUCAAGGAUGACAACGUAUCUGGUGAUGCAGCAUUUGCGAGCUGUACAAACCCUGGUGCUUACCUUGCUAACUUCGAAACUAUCGAAGAAGCCAUGAUCAUGAAAUUGUUCCUUCAGAAGCGGAAUUCAGGUAUACAUUACUACGUUGGUGGACGUAAUAUCAAUAGAUACCUACCAAAUGGCGAUUGGAGAUGGAUUAAACAUGGUAAAGCCACAAAGAUGACUUAUUUUGCCUUUGCAUUUAAUCAGGGACCCGAUAGUCAACUUGAUAGUGAAAACGACUGCAUGUUCUUCUACGCUAGAUAUAGAUACAAGUUCCAUGAUAAUGGAUGUGACAAUGGAAAAUACCUAGGAGGUUAUAUUUGUGAAAUUUGACAUGUGUUAUAUCAAUUUGUUAAGAUAUAAAUGAAUAGCAAAAAAAAUGAAAUUAUAUUUAUAAGUAUCAAAAGGCCUUGAUUGCGAUACUAUGUUGAUUGUUUUAUUGAGUGUCUAUUUUUUCAGUUAUUCGAAUUGCUAAAGGGGAAAUUCCUUACUAGUUACAAACAUACAUACAUUAAUUGUAGGAACAUCUAAGAUAUGUGCAAAAGUCGGUACUAAAUUAUAAUCCUGGUACCUUUGAUAACUAUUUACACCACUGGGUCGAUGCCACUGCUUGUGGACGUUUCGUCCCCGAGGGUAUCACUAGCCCAGUAGUCAACACCUCUGUGUUGACAUGAAUAUCAAUAAUUUGGUCAUUUUUAUAAACUUCCUGUUUACAAAACUUUGAAUUUUCGAAAAACUAAGAAUUUUCUUAUCCCAGGUAUAGAUUACCUUAGCCAUAUUUGGCACAACUUUUUGGAAUUUUGGAUCCUUAAUGCUCUUCAACUUUGUACUUGUUUGGCUUUAUAAAUAUUUUGAUUUGAGCGUCACUGAUGAGUCUUAUGUAGACGAAACGCGUGUCUGGCGUACUAAAUUAUAAUCCUGGUACCUUUGAUAACUAUCAUACAUUUAUGUAUUGUGGAAGUCUGAUUUAGUAUGCAAGUGGUUUAUACAUGAUGGCAUUUUACUUCCAUAUUGAACAACGAUAGGUAAUAAGUGUUUUAAGCUUACAAUUUAAGAUAUUGUUCUUCAAAUCUGUCUCCAUCAUUUAUAAAAGUAAGAAUUGAACUUGUUUUCUCAUUUGAACUCGUAUUUUCUUGGAUUAAUAUGAGUUUCAUUGUUUGAAAUAAUACUUCAAUGUUAUAUUUGUUUUUUCUGCAUAUUGUAAGUUAACAAGCCACAUGAUAAUAACGAUACGAUAUAUCUCUUAGUUACUUACGUUAAUGUAUGUAAUAUAAUUUCUUUUUAUACUUGAGCAAAUACAAAAUAAUAUAUAUUAUCGUUUUAAAAAAUGUGCUAUUGUUUACAGAUGCACUACAGUGAAAAGAAAAGAUCAACCAAUGCAGCAUAAUGAGGUUGAAAAUCCUUUUUGUCGGUAACUCCAUAUGCUCACUUCUACCGUUUGUCUAAUAAAUCAAGGUUCUACAAAAGUAAAUCACGAAUUCACCAAUAUUCCAACUGACUCCAUUUUCGGAAAACAACAUCAGUAAUAAUCAUAAACCGUUAGCUAUUUCUUUAUUUCUUUAACUGCAGAACCAAAUAUAAUGAAACUAUGCUCUGGCUUCUGAAGCUACACAAAAUAACUCACGAAUAUAGAUUUGUUUCGUCUUCAAUCCAUUGCUUCAUUACUAAAUUGUCUAUUCUACUUACUAAUACGUUAAGUAAAAUCAUAAACCUAAUACUACAUUUUUAAAUUAAGGCGUUUGGAAAAGUGGAAUUAAUUAUUUUUGGAGUGUAAAAAAUUCUUUAGAAGAACUUGAUAAAUUGCAUGCUCAUAUUGAUGAUUUUGA